UCUAGGCCUCCGACCCGCAAAAGUUCACAUUUAACAUUCAAGCCGGGGGGGGGGAGAGUAGGUAGAUGCUAUUUGACACAUAGCCAGGCAAGAUUUGUGUUGGAUGAACGCCACCACGAGUGUUCAUACAAACAACCACAAGCGAGAAGCUCUGCCGAUGCAGAGCAAGCAUGGUGCAUCACGUGAUACCCCUCAACUGCUGCUGGAGAACAUUGGGUGUCAAUAGGUACUUAAUAACAUAGGAAUCGUGUUGGGUUGAUGUGCUCACUACUCCUGUCAAUAGACCGCACAAAUAUACCUAAAAGGCUCGCUGGCCCUACACGUGUGACUCGCUUAAGCCCCUGACAAAGGUUUAAAGUCUGCCGGCAUGAUCGGCUUUCCCCACUUACUGUACACUGCCCGAACUCUACGUCUCCUGUUACGGAGGUAUGCACCCUGUUCUAAACCAUGAUUACUGACAUCCCUCUCGGCCGCUUUCUAUGAACAGCGAGGUCCAGGGAUCUUGGGUGAACCCCCGUAUCCACCUCCUGCCCAGAGUGGCAGUGAGCAUGCAGACCGGGAAAUGCCAUGCGAUACGACUUCAUUUACACCUGAACAUAAACACCUCAUUUGCGUCAAGGUUUGAUUGCGUAUCAAGGCGAAUUAAAGUUUUUCCAGAAAGCAAAUCAUCAAAGGCCGAAGCGCCGGCACUCAAAUCUGUUCGUGGUAUAAAGUUGAACGAUUUCCUGUUUUUGUUUGGGCUUUUGGCUUCUCUCCUCAGGGACUUGUUCUCAAUUGCACUCAUUUCUUCUUCUUUCACUUAUAAAACAAUAAUUUUCUCGGUGUCUGUAAUUCGCAUCUCUCCGUCAACAUGAAGCUGUCCAUUGCUUCUAGCCUCAGCUUGGGGCUGUCCGCAUUGCAGCUGGCCAGCGCCAGAUAUGUGAUGUAUGUCGACCAAUACCAUCUUACCGACCUACCAAGCCGGGAGGUUGCAGCUGGAAUCGAUACCGUCAUCAUGGCCUUCGCAAACUCCUCCCUGUUUGUUUCGCCAGCUGGAAACUACACUCCAUUUGAACCAGUCAGCACAAUGAGAUCUCGAUUUGACGCCGGCACCAAGGUCAUGAUUGCGCUUGGUGGAUGGGCGGAUACAGACGGUUUCUCUGCAGGAGCUGCAACUGAGGAAUCGCGCACUGACUUCGCCAAGAACGUCGCCAAUAUGGUCAACACUUUGGGUUUCGACGGGGUGGACAUCGAUUGGGAAUAUCCCGGUGGCAACGGAGCAGACUACAAACAGAAGCCAAACUCUGGCAAAGUCGAUCAGAUCAACACGUUCCCGCUCCUCCUGGCUGCAAUCAGAAGCGCUAUCGGCCCUCGGAAACUGCUGUCAAUCGCUGUUCCAGGACUCGAGAGGGAUAUGAUUGCAUACACUGCCGAGAAAGCACCAAGCAUUUGGGCGCCCCUUGACUUUGUCAACGUUAUGACCUACGACUUGAUGAAUCGCCGCGACAGCAUCACCAAGCACCACUCUGAUAUCAAGGGCUCACUCGCAGCAGUGGAGCAUUACCUUAACGUCCUUGCUCUCCCACCACCAAAGGCCAACCUUGGAUUUGCAUUCUAUGCCAAGUACUUCACCACCGAUCCCGCAUUCCCCUGCGAGAAUGGGUUGGGAUGCACCACUGUUCUUCUUGAGGAUGCUCAGGGAGCUGACACUGGUAAGAGUGCGGCCAUGACAUUCGAGGCUGCCAACUACGCAUCUGCAUCAGCCAACCUCACCGAAAGCCCAGACGGAUCUUGUGGUGCAGCAGCCGGACAUUACUGCACCCCAGGAAACUGCUGCAGUCCUUUUGGAUUCUGCGGUGCCACCACUGCCCAUUGCACGAACUGCCAGGCGGAGUAUGGAAAGUGCGCUACCACAUCCAUCACCAAGCUUUUCCAAAACGCCAUGGCGAACGGCACAACUGAUCAGGCUGCUGGUGGAGAAUACCAUUACGACAAGAGCAACAACCUCUUCUGGUCUUGGGAUACUCCCGAGUUGAUCGCUAAGAAGUUUGAUCAGAUUGUCAAGGCGAAGGGGCUCGGUGGUGUGAUGGCUUGGAGUGCUGGUGAGGAUAGCCAUGACUGGAGCCAUAUCCUGGCUCUUCAGGCUGGUGUCAAGAACUUGUUCGCAGGUACCAAGCCAAUGCCAACGUCCGCUCCUGCUGCUCCCCCCUCACUACCUGCUGGUGGCAAGUCGUCAAUGUCCACUAGUUACACAAAAUCGUCUGCUGGUGCCGCGCCAACCGGUUCUGAUGAUUCUUGCGAAGAAUAGAUACAACGUCAUGUAAGCCUUAGCUGUUCUCAGUCAAUAUAUAACUACUGCUUGCUAG